AUCCUCCUUACCCUAACCUAUCAGGUUCGGUUUUCCUGCCCUAUAUAAGGAGCUCACCAUCUUUCCCUUUUCUUCCAAAGCUUUUCGCAAAAAUUCAACUGAUAAUUUCGAAAGAGGUUUUCGAUUACGCUGAUCGAAGAAUUAAAGGGAUAAGUAAACAAGAUUGGUAGAAUGGCUCUAGUUGCCGGAGGAUCGUCAACAUUGAACCCCAAUGCCCCUCUGUUUGUUCCGGCUGUUUAUCGCCAAGUGGAGGAUUUCUCACCCGAAUGGUGGAAACUGGUUACGACAACAACUUGGUACCGUGACUAUUGGAUCAGCCAGAACCAGGAUGAAGAUGGCUUUUACGACAACACCGAGGAUGAUGUAUUUGAUGUCAAUGACAUUGUUGAUUUGCUCGCAGAUCCCUUUGACUUUGUCUCUGACGAAGAUCUCCAGUUCGAAGAGUUCAUCCAAUCUAAUGAAAUGGAAACCAUAGCACCUCCUUUACCGUCUAAUGGUGGCUUUGAGAAGGGUGUUGAAGCUCUGAUGAAGAAUCUGAGUUUGGUGCCAUCUAGUCCUCGGUUUUCAGCAGAACCAGCAAAAUACGUGGAGAAGCCGGCGAAGAAUGUGAAUGCUAAAAGUGGUCGUCGUUGCAUCCAUCAACCUCGUUGAAUGUGUGUAUUAGCCAUCCAGGUUUUAGCUGAAAUUCUCUGGUCGUUUGUAACUGUAACCGUUGUAGAUUUUCAAGUUUUAUAACUCUGCUACCAUUCUAAUGCCUUUGUUUCUAGUUGACGAUAUAUCAAAAAGGAAAAAAAAUGUAAAAAAGAAUGUAAAAUUUUAGAAAAAAAAUAGAAAAAAGGAAAAAAGAGAGAAUCAUCUUUCAUCA